AAGAAACACCCGACCCCGACCGGUCGACAGAGUCGCGGAAGGAAUAGACAAAGAAAAAGAACAGGUGAAAAGCGAGAUGACGCUCUCUCACAGAAAUGCUUCAGCGCGGUUUCGCCUAUCGUUUUCCCAAUUUCACUCAGCCUCAAGUGAGGAAUCCACACUGUCAUCGUGACCCAACGACCACGUUAGCGGCACAAAUGUCAAUGCCACUCUAUGCUCCGCGCCUAUUUAAAUCGCCGAUCCCUAGCUCCCCUCCGCCGCAUCCUCCUCUCCGUCCACCGCACGCUCGCCUCCGUCGUUGCCGUCGUCGCCAUGGACCACACCGCGCAAGACCGCAGCUCCGACGACACGCCGCCAUUCAAUCCUUUGGAGCCGGCACCGCCCGUGGCCUUCCCCGUCAAAACCCUGGAGGACCUCGAGUCGCGGUCCUACUUCGAGUCCUUUCACUUUCCGUUCAACAAGGCCACGGUGCCGCUCGCCCCCGGUGCUAAGUUGCCGGAACGCGGGAGGAUUCUGGUGUGCCACGACAUGGCAGGAGGGUACUUGGACGACAAGUGGGUUCAGGGAGGGAGCAACGAAGAGGCGUAUGCGAUUUGGCAUUGGUAUUUGAUUGAUGUGUUCGUUUAUUUUUCGCACAAUCUGGUUACGCUGCCGCCUCCGGGUUGGACCAAUGCCGCUCACAAGCACGGGGUCAAGGUGUUGGGAACUUUCAUCACUGAAGGGGAUAAAGGGACGACUGUCUGUGAUAAACUCCUCUCUACAAAGAGAUCUGCUCAAAUGUAUGCAGAGCGCUUGACAGAGCUCGCCGUUUCUUUGGGUUUUGAUGGGUGGCUGCUUAAUAUGGAGGUUGAAUUGGAUGUUGCACAGAUCCCUAAUUUAAAAGAAUUUGUCAGUCAUUUAACACAGACCAUGCACUCUGCUAUUCCCAGAUCUCUAGUCAUAUGGUAUGAUGCUGUUACCAUUGAUGGUGAGCUUAUUUGGCAAAAUGAACUGAAUGAGGAUAACAAACCUUUCUUUGAUAUAUGUGAUGGAAUUUUCACUAAUUAUGCAUGGGAGGAAGAUUAUCCAAAGCGUUCAGCAGCAGUUGCUGGCAGUAGAAAAUUUGAUGUCUACAUGGGUAUUGACGUCUUUGGAAGGAACACUUAUGGUGAUGGACAAUGGAAUACCAAUGUCGCACUUGAUGUGCUAAAGAAGGAUAAUGUAUCAGCUGCCAUAUUUGCUCCUGGAUGGGUUUAUGAGACUAAACAGCCACCAAAUUUCCAGACUGCUCAGAACCGUUGGUGGUCCCUUGUUGAGAAAUCCUGGGGAUUGGUACAAAAUUACCCCAAAGCACUGCCUUUCUACUCAAAUUUCGAUCAGGGUCAUGGUUAUCAUUUUUCUAUUGGGGGAGAGCAAGUAUCAAAAGCUACUUGGUGUAACCUUUCUUGCCAGGGUUUUCAGCCGUUCCUCAAGUUUUCCGGAGACUCAACUACAGAUACAAUUCAAGUUCUUGUUGAUUUUAAGGAAGCAUCAUACAGUGGAGGGGGAAACAUUACAUUUAAAGGAAAUCUUGAAGGUCGUACUCACUUCAUGGCGAGGCUUUUUCAGGGUGAUCUGCUUGUUGGGGAGUCACCCAUUCACUUUGUAUAUUCUGUAAAAACCAAAUGGAGCUCAAUGUUGGGCCUUGUCCUCGACUUUUCUUCAACCUCAAAGGAAAGGCAGUCAGUAUUUCUUGCAUCCUGGGGUAGUGCCCUUCCUACCAUGAAUCAGUUUGCAAGCAGAUUCAGUAAAGUGAUUAUGCCGCAUCGAGUUACAAAACUGGAAGCCUCUUCAGGGUGGGUGAUACAGGAAAGUAGCAUUGCCAUGAAAGGUUUCACGUUAACAGAAAUUCAUGCUAUAUGCUAUAAGUUGCGGCAUACAAUCGUGGAUGGGUCUGAGGAUUUGUCAGCUCAGAAUUCACCAAAUUAUUAUGCAUUACUUGGUCAUAUGACGAUUAAAACUCCUGACCAGAACUUUGACUACCCGCCGGCUACUGCAUGGCUAGUUGAGCAUCAAUAUGUCAAGUGGACUUCAGGUUCACAGGGGUCCAAGUCCCUUAGUGUUAAGAUCACUUGGAAACUGAAGGAUGGAAAUGAUUCUACGUUCCCCCAGUACAAUAUCUACAUGCAGAAACUAGCAAAGCAAGUAGCAGAGCAUCCCAGUGGAAAGCUUGAAGGUGGGGCACGCAUAUUUCUUGGAACAGCUUGCCUUCGAGCUUUUUAUGUUUCCAACUUUCCUGUUCCUACUGGCAUUUCUACUCUCAAAUUCACUAUUCAAGUAUGCAGUGUCGAUGGGGCUUGCCAAAACCUUGAUGAUUCUCCAUCAUUUCUAUUGGAUGUUGAAGGUUAGUUAACUUUAUUCCUUCACAUCAUUUUUUUUUCACUUUUGAGGGAGAUUCAAUAAUGUUUGCUUGUAUCUCUAGCAAGCGAUGUAGCAUUGGAAUAAAAUGACAAUAAAAAAGGUCUCCUAAUAAUUUGCUUUUCCUUA